AUGCUUGCGAUAGGAAACUACCACAAAAAUAAUUCGGACAGAUAUCAUUGUAAUAGUUUAUUAGAAGAUGGAUGGUGGUUAGAUGGUACUUCUUUACAUAAAAACUGGCAACCAAAAGGUUGUAUGAUGCAUAAAUAUCAAUUAAAAGAUAUUCAAACCUGUCUCUCAAAACGACGUGUUUUAUUCAUAGGUGAUUCUUUGAUUAGAAAACUCUUUUAUACUUUAACAAAAAAAAUAAAUCCCAAUGUUAAAACUAUCAAUGAUGCUCAUUCAAAUUUACACUUUCUUAUGAACGAAAACAUAACACUUGACUUCAUUUGGGAUCCUUAUUUGAAUUCAACAGAAAUUAAUGAUAUUUUAUUUAGUCAACAAUCUUAUUCAAAUUCAAUAAAACCUAGUAUAUUGUUUCUUGGAACAGGAUUAUGGUAUUUACGAUAUCCUGAUUCAGGAGGAUACGAUAGUUGGCAAAAAAAAAUUGAUACAAUAAUAGAUUCAUUUACAUCUCAAAUUGACAUUACAACAAAAUCAGAAAAAUCAGAAAAUAUCUCGGAUUCUAUAUUUUUAUCUCCAGUUGAAAAUUUAAUUUAUGAAAAAUUGAGUCAAGUUAGAGCAAAUACCAUGCAUCAAGAAGAUAUUGACAAGAUGAAUAAUUAUCUUGCUUUCAAGAGACAGGAAAUUUUAGAAUUAAGAAAUGAUUUCAUGAAACAAGAUGAUUUUAAUAUUCCUUUUGUUUUUAACAAAAUUCUUAAGGGUAUUCCCGAUGCAACAGAAGAUGGACUACAUUUUAAUGACGAAUUAUUAAACGUGCAUAUGGAUAUUUUACUAAAUUUUAGAUGUAAUAAUAUCAUUCCAAAAAAGAUUCCUUUUGAUAAUACAUGUUGUUUUAGAUAUCCAAAAGGUAAUUGGAUACAAACUUUGAUAAUAACAUCAAUAACAUUAUUUGUAAUUAAUUUACCAAUUAUAAUUUAUUAUAGAACUUAUGAAUCUAACACUUUAGGAUUUAUAGAAAAGAUAAUUCCACAAAAAUCUACAUUAGUUUCACUUUCAAUUUUAGGUCUCUCCAUUAUUUAUAUGUAUUGGUCAGAUCGAACAAUUUUAUUUUCAAAAUCUCAAAAACAAUUCAAUUUUUAUUCAUUUACUUUUCUCAACCUUUUAUAUUUUAUUUUUGGUUUAUUCACAAUUAAAACCAAUGAAAAAGAUCAACUUUUCUUAAAUCGAGAUCAAACAGAUGAAUGGAAAGGUUGGAUGCAACUUUCAGUAUUGGUAUAUCAUUACUUUGGAGCGUCAAGUAUUCAUGGUAUAUAUAAUCCUAUCCGUAUAUUAGUUGCUUCAUAUCUUUUCAUGACCGCAUCUAUAAUAUCUAGUUUAUUUAUAUUAACACCUGGUUUAUUAGAAAAAACAUUUGAAAUUCUAAAUAAUAUUUUCAAUAUCACUUGGUCAGCACAUGAAUGGAGGUUUAGAGUAAGAUUAGAUUUAUUGAUAGUUUUCGUUGGAAUGAUUGUAGGAUUUGUCACUAUCAAAUUUCAAGAAUAUCAGAUUUCAGAGAAAAGAUAUUUUUCAACUUUAAAGCGUAAUUCCAUAAUUCUUUCUAUCCUUACUUUAGUUUGGUAUUUCUGGUUUGAAUUAUCAAGAUCCAGUAAAUUUGAAUAUAAUGAAUAUCAUCCAUAUAUUUCCUUCUUACCUAUAAUAAGUUUCAUAAUUCUUCGAAAUUCUACUCAAUAUUUAAGAAACAAAACUAGUGGAUUAUUUAUAUUUUUUGGACGUUGUUCACUAGAAACUUUUAUUGCACAAUUUCAUAUGUGGCUUGCAGCUGACACUAAAGGAUUACUUGUUGUUACACCUCCAGAAAUGUUUUGGACAAAUUUUGUAAUUACUACUUUUAUCUUUAUUUAUGUUAGUCAUUGGUUAACCAAAGCAACUGAAGAAUUGACAGAAUGGAUUUGUGUACUUGAUGAAAAAGAAGAGUUAAGUAAUGAAAAACGAAUGAAAAAUUUGAUUGUUGUUAUAAAAGAGGAAGUAAUGAAUUUAUUAGGAAAUUUAAAAUUUAAAUUUUUAAUUAUAAUUUUUAGACACAAUUUACGACGUUUUGUUCUUCACAUUCAUAAUCAUUUUUUCAAAACAAUACAUGCAUACAAGAAUGACAUUACAACCAAAAGCGGUUGUACUCACUCGGCAAUAAUAGAACAACUAUCUCGCGACCAACAGAGAAUGUUUCAGUAUGCAAGGUCAAAACCCAAAACCCUCGAGAUCCUCGCACCUGGUUAA